GCCGAUGCAUAGAAAAGCUCAUCCUGUAUAGAGUGAGACACCAUGAGGAUCGGACAAACUAACCCAUCUGUCUUAACUGAACAAUACUGGACCCAUAACUUGAUACUCUUCAUAACAUUUCUAACAGGGGCUUUAACAGAUGAAGAUGUGAUCCAAUCUGUCUUGGGUGGGAGUGCUUCUUUUAGUUUUAAGGUUACAGGAGACAUGACAGUAACCCAGACAGAAUUGAGCAGGUGUCCAGAUCAGAAGGUUUUUGUGUUCAGCCCUCAGUAUGGACUCAGCAUCCUUGACAACAUCUAUGCGAAACGUCUUUCUGUAGAAUCAAAUCACAGCUUUCAACUGGAAAAACUACAAGAGAGUGACUUUAGGACUUACUGCUAUAAACUGACCACUUUCCCUGAUGGAAGUCUGACAGGAGAAAUUAAACUGGUGAAAAAGACAGAUAAUGGUCACUCAACUCUCUCAGAGCCCUCAGAUUCUCCCAUCACGAUGAUAAUCUCCUUGACUUGUGGCAUAGGUUUUGCAGUCCUAUGUGGAAUCAUUGCUGGAGUGGUUUGCUAUAAGGGGGCACCACGUUGGAUCUCGCUUAGGCACCAAAAGAGAAGUAAGGUGCAAAACCCAGUGCACACUGCUUUGCAUUCUGGAAGCCGUCCUUAUAGUCAACCUUCAGUCCUGCAGAUAGAUCAAGACCAGCCCAGUAGCACACGCAGACAGAGUGAAGAAGAGGUGGAGAAUGAUGAUGGCAAUUACCUAAAUGUUCCUUAAGCUUGCUAAUUGGACCUGCAAUUGAUACUAUUUGAUUUGGAUGCAGCUGGAUGGCUUUUCAUAUUUACUUAACCCUUGUGUGGUGUUCAUAUUUUUGUUAUUCAGCUAGUGUUCGUGGGUCUGGUGGACCUGCUGCAUUUUUGGGUUUUUAAUUCAACACAAUCAAACAAUUUUAUGUUAAAAUACUCAACAGAUGUUUACUUCAUCCCAAUUACAAGCAAUAUAAACAGCAUAUUGGUUAAUAUUUGCCCUUUACCUUUGUUAGAUCACAUUUAUGAAUUAUAGUGCUACUCGUUUUUUGUUUG